AUGCCUGCGGCGAACCUUCCAGUGAUCGUUAUCGUUCCAGGCGCCUUCGGCACACCUGAAGGCUUCGAGAAAUUGCGACCGUAUUUGACGCAAGCCGGAUACGCAACACACCCCGGAUCAUACCCCAGCUGCAACCCCUCUGAUGCGGCCAACGUGUCCUCUUCUCAAGAUAUUGGUUUCCUGCGCGACAACGUCUUACUCCCCCUUCUGGACGAACAGGGUAAAGAUGUCGUCAUCAUCGCACACUCAUACGGGGGUGUAGUUGCCGGUGGCGCAGCCAAAGGACUUGCCAGGGAGACCAGACGAGCCCAAGGUCAAGCCACGGGCGUUGUAGGGCUAAUAUACGUGGCGGGCAAUAUUACACUUGAGGGAGAGCCGCUCUUGACGGCUGUCGGCGGCGCUUACCCUCCGUUUAUCAAAGUCGACACGCCUUCUCAGGGGCUUGCUGUCAUUGAACCAGCGAUGGAAGUUCUGUACAAUGACUGCGACCGUGCCCUGGAGCCGGAAUUGGCGAAGUUCAUGCAGCCGCACGCACUCCGCGCCUUUGAAUCCCCGGCCACUGCCCCAGCCUGGGCGGAGAGUGCGUUUGAUGGGAGGAGAGCUUAUGUACGUACCCUAGACGACUGCUGUAACCCUGCAUCGUUGCAGGAUACGUGGCUGGAGAAGUCCAAGGUCGAAUGGGAUGUGGUGGACUUCAAGACCGGACACAUGCCGUUUGUGAGCCAGCCUCAGGCUCUGGCGGAGCAGAUCACCAAGUUCAUUGACAAAUUUAUUGCGAAGUAG